AUGAAUCUCAUCACGGACAUUCAGAACGGUUUUGUGGGGUUGACCAAGGAGAUUGAAAGCCAGAGUAGGCAAAAAUUCAACGAAAUUGUGAACUCGGCGCAUACUCUUGUACCUAUCUUUGAAAACAGCGAACAGGGUUCUGAAGACCAGGGGUUGAAAAACGGGCAUCCAGGGAAAAGGAGUAGCUUUACGUUUGGAAACCAUAAUCAGCUGCUGAUACCGGAAGAGAUUGGCAGUCUGUACGGAAGCACCAAUGCAAAGGCGAAACAGGAGGGGACAAGCAAAAGCACGACGCUCAUUCGACGCCACUCUAUCUCAGGGAGUCAAGUGAAAGUUUCCUCGGGCUCUCGCUCGGUGUCAAAGCCUGAAUUGAAGAAGACGCGAUCGUUGCAAGCUCAUCAUGAAUCUGCGGACACUUGUGAUGAAGCCACCCGCAGCAAGAUCGAACAAUGGUUUAGCAAAAGCCGAUCAGCUGCCUGA